AUGACAGUCUUAGUAGAUAAUCGAAGCCAAGGUGCCAAGAUGCAGGCGGUAGCGUCGAAUGCGCCGGGCCAGGACGAGAGUCCCCGUCGGACGUCGGAGCACGAGCUGCAGGAGCUGCAACCGAUCGCCGAGGAUGGGAAGGAGCGUCAGUGCGAGACCCACGCGUUGUCGCUCGCCCUCGAGGAUCGUGAGCUCUGGACGCGCUUCCAGUGCAUCACCAACGAGAUGAUCGUCACGAAGAACGGCAGACGGAUGUUCCCCGUCGUAAAGGUGAUCGCACGAGGGCUCGAGCCCGCCGCCAUGUAUACGCUGCUCCUCGAGUUUGUACAAGUCGAUCCGCACAGAUGGAAGUAUGUAAAUGGCGAAUGGGUGCCAGGGGGUAAGGCAGAAGUUGCACCACCAAAUCCAAUUUACAUACACCCUGAGAGCCCAAAUUUCGGAGCUCAUUGGAUGAAGGAAGCAGUGUCCUUCGCUAAAGUUAAGUUGACGAAUAAAUCCAACGGCAACGGACAAAUAAUGUUAAAUUCUCUUCACAAGUACGAGCCACGCGUCCAUCUUGUUCGAGUUGGUGCUGAAGAACAGCGGACAGUUCUCACGUACAGAUUUCCAGAAACGCAGUUUAUUGCAGUGACAGCAUACCAAAACGAGGAAGUGACUAGUCUGAAAAUCAAGUACAACCCAUUUGCUAAGGCUUUUUUGGAUGCAAAGGAGCGGCCAGCCGACUCUCAGACGUACCCGCAAUAUACCGGAGCUUGGUUUUUACCCCAACCAGCGAUGAAUUAUGAUUACGGUGCUGGAAUAACAGUGGCUCAAAGUCAAGCUUCGAGUGGCACAACGGCCGCUUUAUCUUCACCGUGUAGUAUUUCCUCUAGCAGCCACAAAAGCAGACCUGCCCCUUAUACACUGAGACAUAAAUACAUCCAUGAAGAGCAACACGUCGACCCAUAUGGACCCGUUCCACUGCUUCACUCGAGCACCUACAUGAGCGGUUGGUCACCGCGAAGUCCAGAGCAGCAGCAGCAGCAGCUCUCGGUCCUGCAACCAUGUCCAACGACUCUCAACCAGGAUUGGCCAUCCUCGCCAUCGCCCUCGCCUACCUCCAUCGCAAUAACCUCACCCUACCAGAGUCUCAAUCACCACCGAGUUGUCGCGAGUAAUAGCGUGACCGGUCUCUCUCCAAGCUCAGCUUUGUACUCCGCCAAUCCUGCUCAGGAACACGUCCAGUGCACCAGCGAGCAACAAUCCACCGCUUGGUUACACCCCACAGUCUCAGAGCAGAUUCAGCAGCAGCAACAGCAGCAACAGCAACAGCACCAGCAGCAUCAUCAUCAUCAUCAUCAUCAGCAACAGCAAUCCUAUCUCAAUCUCAAUUUGCAUCUGCAUCAUCAGAUAUCUUAUACGAACGGGACGAGUCUGCAGCAGAGCAUCCAUCCUCAAGACUCGCCGAUCGGUCAAGCCCAGGAUUACCCGGACUACCACCCUCACCCCCAUCCCCAUCCCCAUCACCAUCACCACCACCAUCACCAUCACCACCACCAAGAGGCUCAUCUGCAAAUGCAGCAACUGCAUCACCAUCAUCAGCACAAUCACGAUACCAAUUCGGGUGACGCGGAAGCCGUGAGCUUCGAUACGAAGGAUUCGAUCAAUCAUCAUCACCAUCAGCUCACCGGCACCGGCUACAACAGCAGGGCCGAGGAGUCAGCCGACGCUGCCAGGACCGAACACACGGUACAGAUAGACCGAAGAUUCGUCGGCAGCGCCGGAGUCAUUGAUCAGCAUCGUCAAGCUCAGCCUCAGGACGACCAAAUCGAGGACCAGCAGCAACAACAACAACAACAACAGCAGCAGCAGCAGCCAUCGCAACCAAAUUGGACGCCUCUGACGCCACCACCGGCACCACAAACCACGGCUAUUUGAUUACUUUGUA